GGUAGAAUGAUGGAUUCCAUCCAGAAUGUGCUUGCAACUGGAUAGCUAGUGCGGCUUGCGAAGGGUUUAAUGCUUGGCUGAUGCUCUGGGUGUGGCGAGUCGGGUUCGCGCUCAUUGCCAGGGCUCAGAGGCUGGACGAUUCCGAUGAGUGUGACAGGAUUGUCGAAGAGGGCGACUGCGCAUGGCGUCCGCGCUUUGCAGACCGCCGCUGUGGGGAGAGGUGCGGGGCAUCGCUGGUCAAUGCGCCCCGGCGGGGCAGGCUGCUACUGGAGGAUGUGGUCCCCCCACAGCUCCUGCAGCAGCUUCUUGCCACGGCGCCCCAGGCGGUGCGGCCGGGGGACGGCUUCGAACGCCCCCGGCCUUUUCGUCGCAACGAGGUCUGGGCCGGAAUUCAGCCGGUGCAGGCGGCCCAAUGGGCCAUGGCCACACCAAACAACGAGUCCGCACUGGCCUUCGCCAGGAGCCUGAUCGAGGUCACACGCGCUAUGAAACGCAUCAUCGAUGACCAGUUCCUUCUGACCGCAUCGUCCCUUCACUUUGCGCAGCUCGCAUGCCGCUUCCACGAACCUUCCGGAGAACCUGGGGACAGCAUGCCCGUGCACGCGGACAACUGCGUGUACCAGGAGCCCAGCCACGAGGAGAAUGAAACUUGCGUGCUUCGGGAGGGAGCUGCCGGCAUGGUGAGCCACGCGGGCUACCUGUACCUGGGCGGUGACUUUGAAGGAGGGGAUUUCUUCUACGUCCCCGACUGGCACUCGCCGCCAAACGCACGGACACGCGUGCGGCCGGCACCCGGGCGUAUGGUUGCCAUUGCCGCCGGGGGCAGCAACCUGCACGGCGUCAUGCCUGUGACUGAUGGCACGCGCUGCCAUAUGGCCGUUUGGCUGACCUGCGAUCAAGACCUGCGGGGCGCGCAGAGCGAGAGCCUCCAGGAGGCCGAGGCGAUCUUGGCACAUCUGCCGCCUUUGAUGCCGGUGCAGGACUGGCGCGCAGACAAUGCAGCCUUUAAGUCAACGUGCGCGGAGACUGUGCAGGAGCCUCAGGUGCUCGCAACGGAAGACAAGGCCGAGCUCUUGUCAGACCUCCCGGGGCCCCGAAUCUCGCGCAUCCCAGGCUUUCUGUCGCCAGAGGAGGCGCAGCACCUCAUCGACAUGGCCAGGCCCUUGCUGCAGGAGGCUGUGGUCAUUGAGGAGGGCGAGUUGGUGAAAGCCAAGUACCGCAACAGCCGAACCGCCUGGCUGGGGCCGCAGGAGGAGACCGACGGCAUUUUGCAGAAGAUCUCGAAGCGUAUCGAGGAGUUCACCGGUUUGUCCUUGAAGUCUGCAGAAGAAUUCCAGGUUGCGCAGUACCUCUCUGAGGAGAAGGGGCACUACGCGCACCACUUCGACUGGGGGGUGCACGUGGAAGUGACCCAAGAGUUCGGCACCUUCCAAGACGAGCAUAGAAGUGAGCUGCGGGGCCCGAGGCUCGCCACCUUUUUGAUGUACCUCAACGACGUGGCAGGCGGUGGCGUUACCACCUUCGUGCGCCAGAACAUCAGCCUGCACCCCUCCGUAGGCACGGCGGUAUUUUGGCAUAACCUUCUUCCCGGUCAAGAAGGCGAUCAGCUGGUGAACCAUGGCGCGUGCCCGGUCACUGCCGGGGAGAAGUUCAUUAUGACCAAGUGGAUCCACCUGGCGGGCAACGAGCACGCACUGGACGCCGCCAUGGGCCUCCCGAGGGUUGCGCCGGUGUCGGCGGGGCUGGGGCCCCAGGUCCCGUUGUGCAUGCCAGGGCACGAGACCAAUUUAGGGGAGCUGCUGCUGUCGGCAGCCGCGAAGAAAGGGGAGGGCGUGUGCCUCGAGGUGGACUCGGCCUGCUAUACUUUUGCUCAGGUGGCGAGGAUGGCCACCGCCAUCCGGAAGGUCCUCCGGAAGGCACUGCACUCCCUUGAGCUGCCCCUGACGUCGGAGCCAGGCUCACCCGAAGCUCACCGACGUCGUGCCGAUGAGCAUGUUGUGACAAUUGUCUUGGAUCGCGGCGUGAAGAGCAUCGCCGCCGUGCACGCAGUGAUGUUGGAGCGCUGCGCCUACAACGCCUUCGACGUGGCGGAGCCAGUCGAGAAGCUCAGGACCUGGGUGGAGGUGGCGAGGCCGCCCGUGAUGAUCUCAAGUUCUGGAGUCCUGAAGCGUUUGGGCCUGACAGACAUCGCUGCCUCCUUGGGCGACUUUCCGCGUGUGGUGCUAGACGUCGACCUCGCCCUCAAGAAGGCGGAGGGCGCGACGAACCCCCCCGCCGCACGGCACAGCCCCGACGACCUCGACAGGCUGGCCUACCUCAUCUUCACCAGUGGCUCCACAGGGAAGCCCAAGGCUGUGAUGAUUCGCCACAAGUCGGCGCUGAACGUUGUGCGCAUUUGGGGAAACUAUGUGGGCCUCUCCUCCCAGGACCGCUUCGCACAGGUGGCCUCCAUGUCGUGGGACGUGCACAUCAUCGAGGUGUACGGCACGAUGGCGGCCAUGGCCACUAGCGUCACCUGCCCGGACAUGGACGUCAAGAAAUCCGGGCCGGACAUGGUCUCCUGGUUGAAGGAACGGCAGAUCUCUGGCAUGAGCGUCGUGCCCUCGCACCUGCGCACUAUGUCGGCAGCUGGGGAGGUGUCCACCAGCGCGCUGCCGCACUUGAAGAUCUUAGACGUCGGGGGCGAGGCCUUAGGCGCGGACGUGGUGGAUGCCUGGGCGCCGGGGCGCAGGUUGGUGAACAGCUACGGACCCUCCGAGAUUUCAGUGGUGUGCACGGGGGCCUACGUCACCCCCGGGGAGCCGAUCACCAUUGGAGGACCAUUGCCAACAUACAGGUGCUACAUCCUGGACCCCGAGAAUCUUGAGGAGAAGCCCAGGGCGAGCAGGGCGUGCUCUUCGUGGGUGGUGUGGGUCUGGCACGCGGGUACUUGGAGGAGGAGGAGAAGACACAGUCCAAGUUCCUUGCGCACCCGCGAUUGGGCCGCGUGUACAACACUGGGGACUUGGCAUCUUAUGACAAGCUGGGGCGCAUCAAUUACCACGGUCGCGUGGACUGGCAGGUGA